UUUAAAAACAGCUGUCACAUCUACAACAUUAACGAUGUCUACAGUAACGCUUCCAUCAAGUAACGUUAGAACUACAAAUCCCGCCAUUCUUUUCUAAAAAGCAGCCAAUUAGCAUCAGCGUCAUUGUUACUCGACGUACGUCAUCCAAUCAGUUAACAGCACGCUGGGUCACAUGACUCGCCGUUGAGCGCCCUCAUUCUGCUGUGAAGGGACGUAACCUCGGGUCCUGCGGGAGUAACUCCGAAACUUACGAAUCGCGCUGUCAGUGUCGCGUUUUCUCCCGUUCCAGCGCGUCAGAUAAGCGCCGCUCGGCCGCUUGAGCUCGGGGAGAGCCACCUCGGAAGCGAUCGAUCAUGCCGGUCCGUACCGUCUGCUGUCAGGGCUCGCCGCUGGCCUGCUUGGCCUCGGCCUCUCUCGUUCCGCCCCCGCCGAUCAACACCCAGCAGCCCGGCGUCCAGACCUCUCUGCUCUACAGCGGCUCCCAGUUCCGCGGCUACCAGAAGAGCAAAGGGAACUCCUAUGAUGUCGAGGUAGUUCUGCAGCACGUGACCAUGGAGGACUCGUACCUGUGUGGAUACCUCAAGAUCAAAGGUUUGACAGAGGAAUAUCCCACGCUUACUACAUUCUUCGCUGGGGAGAUCAUAAGCAAGAAACGGCCUUUUUUAACCAGGAAAUGGGACGCGGAUGAGGAUGUCGACCGAAAACACUGGGGGAAGUUUCAAGCAUUUUAUCAGUACGCAAAAAGCUUUAAUUCGGAUGACUUCAACUACGAAGAACUACAGAACAGCGACUACGUCUUCAUGCGGUGGAAGGAACAGUUCCUAGUUCCAGAUCACACAAUCAAAGACAUCAGCGGUGCUUCCUUCGCUGGCUUCUACUACAUCUGUUUCCAGAAGUCUACAGCCACCAUAGAAGGCUACUACUACCACAGAAGCUCAGAAUGGUAUCAGUCUUUGAACCUCACACACGUCCCUGAACACAGCGCACCCAUCUACGAGUUCCGCGGUAAUGCUGGAAUGAACAACGUUACUCAACCCAUUGUUACCGAAACAUACCGAUGCAUAGCUACUUAUGAGACCAAGGACACCAAGAAUCGGCCCUUCAAGGUUGAGGUGGAUGAGACUGUGGAUGUGCUCAUUAAAGACCAAAAAGGAUGGUGGCUGGUGGAAAAUGAAGCCAAGAAUCUCGCUUGGUUUCCUGCUCCUUAUCUGCAGAGAGCUGAGAUGGAUGAUGAUGGUCCCGAUGUGAUGGACGGCAAAGGAAGUGUUUUCUAUGUUGCCGCCAAAAGUUACAGAGCCAUUAACAGUGAUGAACUAUCAGUGGAGAUCGGGUCUGUGGUGGAGGUGUUACAGAAAUCUGACAAUGGCUGGUGGAUAGUGAGGUACAAUCGAAAGGCGGGAUUCGUACCAUCUAUGUACCUGCAACCAUACAAUGACCCACGGAUGCACCUGAUGCCUGCUAAGUGGGAGAUAACCAGCUCCACUCUUAACUUGACACAGCUUCAACGUCCUGGAGAAAAUUUCCUGCAGGUCUCUAGCCGUGAGCUCAGCAGAUCCCAGGGCAACCUGGGACCUCCAAGAAGCACCCUGGACCCUAAAGAUAAGCAGAUGUCACGAUCAAUGAGUAGACUGACGGAUGCUCAUACAACAUGGCUGAAUCCACCAUCAGUACGAGUGGAGUUUGUCGAGAAUGGCCAGCAAAGCAGUGUAAGCUACGACAGCGAAGAGUUCAGUGACGAAAGCAGCUUCUCCGGCAGUGAUUCGCUAAAUUGCUCAUACACAGGAGAGCAAUUACGCAGGAGUUGCACCCCUACGCCUGACUCCUCUGGCAGCCUGAGCCCUGAAAGUGCCGGAGAAGACAAGAUGAUCGGCAGCAGAUCAGACCCCAGUCUCAACAAGAUGCCCUCCUCCCCCAAGGUACCACCCAGACCCCAAGCUCAGGAGAUACUCAAUCGCUGCACCACCGUCACACGCAAAAACCUGCAGAGAACCAGUUAGGCCGAUGUCUUAAGCACUUCAGGUUACAUGUUUGAGGAGCGCAUCUAAGAGUCCACGUCCAGAACAGCAUUAAUGUCCACUGGCAUAAUGCUUGCUUGAUGCUAUUGUGAUUAUUUGAUGGACAACUUAUGGAGAGAUUCUUGCUACAUAUUUAUACUACUAGAACUAAGCUUAGAUCUUAUUCUUGGAACAGAAUUAUUACAUAUGUUACAAAUGAUGGGUCUCUAUGUUUCUAUAAAAGCUGCUCUUUGGAUCUGAUAAACGUAGAUGAUCUUUUAAUGAAGAAAAGAUAAUGAUCAACAUGGCAUAGAAAUCCUUUAGAAACUUCUACAGAAUAUUUGUGUUUCUUAGUUUUCGCUCUUUUUCCAUAGUGGAAAUUAUCACUUGUGCCUUGUAUGCAUUGU